AUGGGGAGGAAACUCCUGAGACCUGAGGAAGUGACAUUAUACGACCUGAACAAGCAUUUCAUUCUUCCCCUGACAGAAGAGUUCCGAUGCAGUUAUGCCGAACUGGUCGCGGACAGCCCAUGUGUACCCCAAUUUUUCUGUAGUCACUGGUGGGGAUCGCCCGUCUUUGAGUUCAUUGUAUGUCUCGAGCAACUUGCCAUGGAUCGAUAUGGCAAGAAGCGGUACGAAGACACCCUCUAUUGGAUUUGUGCUUACGCGAACAAUCAAUGGGACCUUUCCAAGGAUGUGCAGUCGCGGCUCUCUGGCAGCUCGAGAAGAGGAGUCGCCCAACUUCUCUGGUGCUUUCGACAUCACAAUCGAAAAUGCCCAGGCUUCGGCGGAAGGGGACAGACGACAGAUAUUAAACUAUAUCUGUGGAAACGGAGACGGUGGAGAGCCACCAAGAGCACACGAAUCUUUCCGAAGGAUGAAUGGGCUGUUGCGCAGCACUUUCGCUAUGCCGCUCUUCUUCGAGGCGACGACAUGCAAAAGCACACACAGGCAUUGUCGAGUUAUCCAGGUCUUGCUUUUCGGGUGGACCUGAAUGUCCCGCAAUUUAGGGGAGAGGUGUACAACUUUUUGAACUUGGCUCUCCCUGCCACGUUGGAAUCCCUUGAUUUGACAUAUUCCCAUCCACGCUUAGUCGCCUCGUCGGACGAGUUUGCGAGAGGCCUUGGACGAUUUCAAGCUUUGAAGUCGCUCAAGUUUCAGUUGCGAUUUCCGGUAAAAGAAGCCGUCAACUUUUCCACCGAGACAUUUUUCCUAGAGCUACGCGAACUGACAGGUUUGGAAGAGCUGGACCUCUUCUUUGACAACAUUGACCUAUCUGGUGAGUUUGCACAUGGUUUGAGCAAGCUUGCUCGCCUCAAGUCCUUUAGGUUUAUUUUGCAGCGCUCCAAGGUGCUAAGACAAGGCCCUUGCUCGGAUAAAACACUACUGCAAGAACUUGCGGAGUGCACAGCUCUGGAAACGCUGGACUUGUCAUUCGGUCACGGAGGGCUCAUCUUGGAUGAGAGUUUCAGUGCCACAGCCGACAAGCUCGUGAAUCUGAGUUACUUGAGGUUGGGGAUGGAGGUAGGGUUGCACCCGAAAGAAUUCACUGGAGUGCUGGCUGACGCGUUGCAACAAUAUCCCAGGCUCAGGCAUCUCUCUAUCUCGGGGCUCUGCUCCUUGACAUGUCUCCGCCCUUUGCUUUUCAAACGAGACUCAUGCUUGGAAGCGCUUGAGGUGAGCAUGUCCGGGCUGGAAGUAACUCGUGACGGCACCAUUGCCGCUAGGUUGCACGCUACUGAAGCAGCUCCGGUCGUAUCUUUGAGUGGCUUCGAAAGCUGUGGCAACAACUGUAACCUGCACGAGUUUCAUCUUUCCUUACACAACGUGGAGCAGUUGGCGAUCAUUGAACUUUUACGACUGCUGGGAUCUUCCGGUUGUUGA